CCAUUCUACAUGUUCGCUGGAAAAGACAUAUGCAUGUUGUAGUCUACUCCAAGGAAAGUGUAGACUUAAACAUUCAACAACAUGGACGAUACAAGAGAGCGCAGGGAUACUGCCAAAGAGAGUGUCACUGACGAGAUCGAUGAGAAAAAAUCAGCCCAUGAUGAGAGUCAUGAGAAAGACAUUGAGUUAAGAAGGCCUGCACAUGUGCACACCCGUGAGGAGGGUGAAAGGCAAGAUGUAGGCCCAUGUCAAAUUCAACCCAAGGAAGCCAUACCAUUUCCUCCUGUAAUAAAGAGCAUUCCAGAUAAUAAAUCCCAUAAGCCUGUGCCCAGUGUGUUGUCCAUGAAGAGUGACCAGUCAAAGCACCAUCCAGAAAACUUCAAAGGAGAUAUCGAUGAAGAUAUUCAAAUACAGCUUGCUCAGCCAGAUUCAUCAAGCAUUGUAUCUGAAAUUGCAUCGCACAGUGAACAGUGGAUAUCAUCUGGAGAAUACUACCCCAAAGCUACUGAAUGUGUCCAAUGUGAUGUCUGUCAAAAGAAAGCUGUGAAGUCGUGUCUGACCUGCAUUGCCUCCUUUUGUGAGAGCCAUGUGAGGCAGCACUACACGGCCCCUGCACUCAAGAGACACAAACUGACGGAGGCCACUGAGGCCCUGGAGCAGAGGCUCUGUCAACGGCACGACAAAGAUCUCGAUCUUUUUUGUCAGACCGACAGCGUACCCGUCUGUGCCCUGUGUUCAGUGGAGGAACACAAAGGACAUGACAUGAUUCCCAAUCCAAUAGACGAAGACAUUACUCAGGUCCUCCAAUUGAAAGAACAGGAAUGGUGUAUCAGAGAGGAUAUCCUUCCACCUGGGCCAAUCAACUUUACUUCAGUGAAUCCUGAUUCCAUCUCUCUGAGCUGGGAACCUCCUGAAGGACUGACUGGUUCUCAGGGAUUCCGAGUCUCUGUUAAGUGUAGCCGAUAUCAGCGCUACCUUGAAGUUCAAGAUGUAAAAAUGAUUUUUCAUGGUCUCAUUCCCCAAGAGGAAUAUAACUUUAUGUUUGCAACAAUCUGUGGAGGACGCAACCAGAGCAUAUGGGUGUCAGAAUCGAUACGCCCAGAAGUCCCUGUUCCAAAGAUGCUAAAUGUGACCACAGAUAAAACAUCCAUUGAGGUGACAUGGAGUCAACCAGAUGGACUCUUUCAAGUUUCAUAUCUAGUGACCCUCAAAAAGAGAGACGAGUGCCUACAGACAAUUUCCACAGAAGAUCUUAAGUGCUUAUUCUCUGAGCUUCAGCAAGGGACUGAGUACACCAUUGAAGCUGUAACUGUGCUUAUGAAUGGAUAUCAGAGUAAGCCUGCACUUAAAAGCUGCCACACAGUGAUUCCUGUCCCAGAGAACCUGAAGGUAGACUCAAUCACAGUAACUACAGCAAAUCUAAGUUGGAGCCUGCCAGAGGGAAUGGGUCAGAUUCUUCACAAUUAUCAGAUCUCCUAUCGCAAUGUCAGAGGGAAUGACUCGGAGCUGGAGACGAUUUAUACCGAUUCUUGCAGUGUAAUCCUCACAGGCUUAAAGCCAUGUACAGAGUACAACAUAUGGUUAUACACAAACAUCCAAAAUAUUGAGAGGAGUCAAGAGGCCUUCAUUUGUAUUCUUACAGGUGUGCCACCAGUUACAGAUUUGACUGUAGAAACAAGACAAAACCAUGCUGACCUUCACUUUACAAAUCUGACACUAUCAAAGAGUCAUCAGUGUCACUACCUGAUCUGUUGCCACAGUGAUGGGGCUGAAGUGAAGUCAUACAUUCUCACGCCAGAUUCCUACAGAGGUGGGGAGAUAAACCUUACUCUUGACCUGAAAUGUAAUCAACAGUACACCGUAACUGUCACAGUUGUCAUCAAAGAUGGAAGAGAAAGCGACCCUGCCUCUGCUACUUUUGAAACAGGUUUCCCUUCACCUGGACCCAUAGAGUUCACCUCAGUGAAGCCAUACUCUGUGUCUCUUGUCUGGGGAUUUCCUGAAGAAUUAACUGGCCCUCUACAAUUCAGAGUGUCUUGGUUCCGCACUCACCUAUAUUCAGAGAGACCCUUUCCCACAUUUUACAUGACAGUUCAAUCUUUAGAAGCUUCAAUUGAUGGGCUUCUUCCUAACACAGAGUAUAGCUUUUCCGUAACCUUCCUCAAUGAAACAGGAAUUAAAAUAGCAAAAGUCUCUGCUGAUAUAAAAACAGGCAUUCCAGCUCCAGUUGACUUCAAAAUAAAUGUAGAGGACCGUUCAUGCACAUGGAAACAGCCACCAGGAGUGUCUGGAGAGACAUAUCAGUUGAGCAUCUUCAGAGAUGCAAAGUACUUUAAGAGCAUUUCCACAACAUUUUUCACAUGCCCUCUCUCUGACCUGAAUUUUGACACCGAGUACACCAUCCUAAUUUCAACGUCUUUGGGCUUUGACAGCCAGAGCAAACCGUUGUCUGAAACUGUGUACAUAGAGACUCCAAUCCCACAAGACUUUGAUGUGAUCUCAGUGUCUGCAACAUCUGCUGAACUUCACUGGGGCCUGCAUCCUAUCAUGGAACAAAUUCCACACAGUUUCCUGAUCUCUUAUCACAGUGAAGGGGCUGAGCCACAGACCAUCUUUACAGAUUCAUGCAGCGCAGUCAUCGCAGGCCUUGAACCAGACACAGAGUACAUUGUCUGUGUGUCCACCAUAAUCCAACAUGGUGGCGGAAAGAGUAAGCCGGCUACAACCAUUAUGCAGACAGGUCUUCCUGCUCCUGGACCAAUUCAGUUUUCCUCCGUGUCAUUACAUUCCGUGUCUCUGUGUUGGGAAGCUCCCAAAGGGAUGGCAGAGUCACAGAGAUUCAGAGUCUCCUACACAGAAAAAACAAGUGCAAAAGGAUAUCAUUGUGUGGUGCCAGGUCAGAGCAUUUGUGUUGAAAACCUCGCGUCAAGAACGGAGUAUGAAUUCAGUGUGGCCACCAUUAGUGACAGCGGGAGACAAAGUGUCAGCGUGUUAGCCACUACAUACACAGAGAUACCAGUUCCAGAGAACGUAGUUGUGGUCCUCAAUGGGGAAUCUGCUAAGGUGUCUUGGAAUCCUACAUAUGUAGGGUCAUACCUGCUGACCCUCUGUAGUGAUGGGAAAUGUGAAAAGAACAUCUCCACAACAUUGACUUGGUGCUUGUUUCAUGAUCUGCAACUUAACACAGAUUAUACCAUCAGCCUUUCCUCUGUUCUGCCCAAUGGUAGACAGAGUAAGCUUGUGCAGAAGAAGGUGUCCACGAGGUGUGUGACUUCCAAGCAUUAGUGCUUCAGUAAUAUCUGAUGGCCUGGUGGUAGUGUUGCCUGACAAUCAACUAUCAAUCGGCUUGGGUUAGAUUCUUAAACCCACCAUUCUAUAUUGCUUUUGGAGUUGCAGGUUUAGAUGUCUGCAAUUCAUGAAACCAUAUUAUGUUACAAAUACAUGAACCAUUUGUUUUUUUGUAUUGUUGUGUUAACCAUAUACUGUAUAACAUAAUAUGUAUGGUUAGCUAACAUUUGGCACACUAAGAUUGUAAAUGUGAAAUCAACAGACCAUCUAGCUAAAUGGCCCAUCUGGUCAUAGCAAAAUAUCAUUGUGUGACCUCCACACAGGUGGUCUGGCCCAGGUUUAACCAAUUAGCAUCUCUUGUCAUCUUCCUUCCUUGUUUUCUAAAAUAUCUGGAAAUGUAUGUUAUGAAUGUAACACAUUCAUGUUUGGACUUGAAUUCAUGAAGUGGGUAGCAGUCCAACCAUGGUUUCAUUAAAAUCAAUGCAUAGUCGUAAACAAAGAGCUACUGUACACUGUAGUCUGUACUUUAUUUGAUAUAUCACUGAUAUUGGAUGGAAAAACCUUGUGAGUUCAAAAAAUGCCAGGAAAUAAAAAAUGAAUGAAUUAAUUAAUUAAUUAAAAAACGUAGACGGAUAUGGAGUUACGAGGUUUCCAUCCGACAGCAGCAAGUACAGUAAGUCUCUUUGGACAAAAGUGUCUUCUAAAUGAAUAAAUGUAAAGGAAUAUGAACACACUUGAAUCUCACACCUGUCUGUUCAUACCAGCUGACCAAUGAGCUGGGGGACAUUGUUAUUGGGUUGGGGGAUAUGCAUUAAGGAUAAAGACGCCUUGAGAGAUUAGUCUUUGUCUUACUCUUUUCUCAGGCUGCCUCUCUCUCUCUCCCUCUUUCUCAUUCAUUUGGGUUUAUUUCGAUUUCUUUACUUUUGAUGCAUUCUUAUUGUAGUGUAUUUGCCUAUUUAGGAUAUCUUGCAUUCUGUUGCAUUGAUAUACAUUUAAGUGUAUGGUUAACCUUUUAAUAAAUUGUU